AUGCGCGCAGGCUUCUACAACAUCCGUGGGUUCGGUCGGCCGGGACGACGAACGCAGAUUAAGGAUUUCAUCUCCCGAGAGAGGCUUGACUUUGUUGGCCUGCAGGAAACCAUCAAGGCCUCAUUCACCCCCGCGGAGCUGCUUAGCUUGGAUCCGCAUGGUCGUUUUGCUUGGAAAUCCACCCCCGCGCAGGGGCGCUCGGGAGGCAUGCUUCUUGGGGUAAAUGAGGACGCUUUUGAGGUCUUGGAAUGGCAUGGGGGUGCCUUCUUCAUCCGGGCAGAUGUUCUGCAGCUGGACACCUCUUCCCGGUGGUCGAUCUUCGUGGUGUAUGGACCUGCGGAUCACCGGAGAUCCGCUGACUUCUUGGAGGAGCUCUCGGCGGCGGUUAAUGCCUGCCCCUUUCCACUGGACCUGGCGCGUGAGGCGGCGUGGUGUCAGGACCCGAUCGAGACUUGGCAUCGUAUUGCCGCUGGCCUUAGGCAGUUUCUCAGAGGUUGGGGGGCCAACCUUGGGAAGGAGGAACGGGACCUCAAAGCUGACAUCUUGGCGCAAAUCCGGGAUCUUGAUGGGAUCGCGGACCGUGCGGGCUUGGAUGACGACGACUGGGCGCUGCGGUAUCACCUUGAGGGCCAACUCCUCCACCUAUCCAGGGUAGAGGAAGAAAAGUGUGCGAUUUCGAGCCUCGUCAGUGACUCGGGGAUCAUUACUGAUGAGAGGGAGCUGCAGGCUCACAUCUAUGACUUCUACAGAGGUUUGAUGGGGGCGCAGGCGGCGCCAAGUUUCCUGACUCUUUCUCCCUCCAUCUGGCAUUCCAUUCGGCGGGUGUCGGAGGGCGAUAAUGACAGCUUGAUGCUCACCUUCUCUGGGGAGGAGAUGGACACGGUUUUGGCUAGCAUGAAGACGGAUACCGCCCCGGGGCCGGACGGGUUCCCGGUGUUCUUCUUCAAAGAGUUCUGGCAACUGGCUAAACCGCUUAUUUUGGCGAUCGCCAACGGUUUUGCUCUGGGGAGGGUUUACAUUGCCAGGCUCAAUAUGGGGGUCUUAUCCCUCAUUCCCAAGGUUCCUGGGGCGAACGAUAUUAGGCAGUUCAGGCCGAUAGCGCUUAUCAACAUUAUUUUCAAGUUUGUGGCCAAAGCGUACGCGAUUAGGUUAUCUCCAAUUGCGCAUAGGACGAUUAGCCUGACCCAAUCGGCAUUUAUUCGGGGUCAUCAUAUCCAUGAAGGGAUCCUGGCUCUGCAGGAGAUCAUUCAUGAGACCAAGUCCAAGAAACUUCAGGGAGUUUUCUUAAAACUGGAAUUUGAGAAGGCUUACGAUAGGGUGAACUGGGCCUUCUUGCGGGAGGUUCUUCUCCGCAAAGGCUUUGAGCCCGGGUGGGUUCACAGAGUGAUUGGUCUGGUCUCGGGGGGCCAGACAUCGAUCACUGUCAAUGGGGAAGUAGGGAACUUCUUCCGUAAUGGGCGCGGGUAUGCGGAUGACACCAUCAUCAUGCUUCAGCCAGAUGAUCUGGCCAUCGCCAACCUCAAAUACAUACUUCUCUGCUUCGAGAAUAUGUCGGGCCUCAGGAUUAACUUCCACAAGAGUGAGGUGAUGGUUAUAGGCGGGGAUGAGACCGAGGGGACCAGGAUUGCCAAUAUGCUUAACUGCAAAAGAGGCACCUUCCCUUUUACUUACCUAGGUUUACCGGUGAGUGACCGUGCCCUUCUAGCCUCGGAUUGGGGUCCGUUGACUAACAAAGUGGCCAAGCGCGCAGAUCCCUGGAUGGGAAAGCUGAUGUCCUCGGCGGCAAGGCUGACGCUUAUCAAUGCUUGCCUAUCUAGCUUGCCACUGCACGCGAUGGCGGUUUGCCUCUUGGGGGCGGGAGUUCAUGGCCUGUUUGACAAGGCCAGGUCCCGUUUCUACUGGGAAGCGAAUGGGGCUAAACGUAAAUACCAUUGGGUCAGAUGGUCGGCAAUGUGUAAGCCUAAAUGCCUGGGGGGCUAG